UAGAAAUGUAGAAUUCUCUGCCAAAAUGUCACUCGUUUCUUUGUUUCUUCUCUCUCCUCUAAGCUUGUGGUUGCCAUAAUUUUCCCAUAAAUUCAUUUUCUAUUUUCUGGCUUCUUUAUUUUUAAAGCAAAUUCUUUUAAUUUUUAGUACCAACACUCAACUUAUUUUCUUCCCAUUUUCUUUGAUCUAACAAAAUCAACGCAUUUUUGUAUCUGGGUUUGCGCCAUAAUCUCAAAUUUCUAAGCUUUUUGGUGUAUUUUCCAAUUGGGGGUUUUUCUGCAGUAAACACCUUCUGCAUAGGAAGUUGAUAUGGGAGUUGUGACUGUUUCAGUCUCAGCUUCUCGAGCAUCUUUAGGAUUAAGCAGAAGAUCAACAGCUCAUCAAUCUAGUUCUAACGGACCCUUAAUUCUGGGGUUCAAAGUAGACAAAAACAAAAAGACAGCCUUAGUUGCAGUGAGUGAGCCUAGCCGUUUACAUGCAGAGACAAAGAAAGAGAAUCAAAAGAGAUUAAGAUCAGUCACAAAGCCUGUGAAAAGAGUUCGUGCUGCUAGCAUAGCUGAAGCUUCUCCGUACUCCUCUGAAUUAGAUCUUAAUGAAGCUGCAGCUAAGCUGGAAAGCAUUUUUAAGCUGAGUCCUGCAACAGAUGCAUCAGACGCAGAAAACAUUGACCAAGUGGUAAAAGAAAGACGAGGAAGGAGAAAAAAGAGCACUGGCGAUGAGAAACAGGAGAAAGGAACUGACAGUAAUGUGGUGAGGAGCACGAACAGGAAAGCAAAACGAUUGAGCCUUGCGAAGAGAAUUGAAAUGAAGCAAAACAAAGAACGUAAGGAAGAGAAGGUGGUUCCUCUAGCAAAAAAGAAGAAUGUGAUUAAGAAUGAAGAUGAGAAGAUUGAUGAGCUUGUAAGAGAAUAUUCUGCCUCAACUGAUUUGGCCAGCUUGGAUUGGAAGAAGAUGAAGAUACCGCCAGUUCUUCCUUCUUCUGAACACUUUUGGUUGUUUAAGUUGAUGGAACCAAUGAAGGCCCUUAAUCAAACAAAGGAGAACCUGAGGACAGAACUGGGAAGAGAUCCAACUGACAAUGAAUUAGGAGAAGCAACAAACAUGACUGUAGUACAAGUAAGAAGACACAUGGAAGUUGGUCAUGCUGCAAGAAACAAGUUGAUUAAGCACAACCUGAGACUAGUUUUGUUUGUAAUGAACAAAUAUUUCCAAGACUUCACAAAUGGACCAAAUUUUCAAGACCUGUGUCAGGCAGGAGUGAAGGGUUUGAUUACUGCUAUUGAUCGCUUUGAACCAAGGAGAAAAUUUCGGCUGUCUACUUACGCUCUGUUUUGGAUAAGGCAUGCCAUCAUUCGUUCAAUGACUGUUUCAAGCUUUACUCGUGUCCCCUUUGGUCUUGAAUCGGUCAGGGUGGAAAUUCAAAAGGCCAAAUUAGAGUUGAUGUUUGAGCUCAAAAGAAUGCCUACAGAGGAAGAAAUAAUGGAAAGGGUUGGAAUCUCCCCAGAACGAUAUAAAGAAGUGAUGAGAGCUUCGAAUUCCAUCUCUUCCCUACAUGCUAGGCAUCAAGUCACACAAGAGGAGUUCAUCAAGGGGAUUACUGAUGAAGAUGGUGUUGGGAGCGACAAGCAAAGGCAACCAGCCCUUCUUAGGCUUGCAAUCGAUGAUGUGCUUGACUCUUUAAAGCCCAAAGAGAGUUUGGUCAUUCGGCAAAGGUAUGGUCUUGAUGGCAAAGGAGAUAGAACACUGGGAGAAAUUGCAGGAAACCUUAGCAUUUCAAGAGAAAUGGUCAGGAAGCACGAAAUGAAGGCACUAAUGAAGCUUAAGCAUCCAGCUCGAGUAGAUUAUCUUCGGCGUCACAUAUCCUGAAUCAAAUUGGCUUGAGAUGGUGUCAUCAAUCUCAUCAUGGUACAUAUAUAUGAUCUGUCCAUUCACACCCUUCCAUCUCUUCUGCUGAGAUAAUACUUAAAUUCUGUAUCAUAGUGUUAUUCAUAUAAAACAUACUAGUAGAUAUAUGGUAUACCCUAAUGUUAUAGGCUAGGAUUGGAUGUUGCAUAUAUACUCCCUUCCUUCAGAAGUAAAUAUUACCUGUGAUCUAUUUUUUUACCCAGAUUUAUAUCUUCUUUUGUAGUUUUGUAUCAAGUUGAGUAGUUGACAGAUGACUGUCCUUUACCCCCCAUACUGUAUGGAAAUAUGAAAUUAAUGAUUACUUUAAAUACUGCAGUAUUAUUUUUCAA